AUGGAUGUAGUUCACUCGGCCUCCAUAGACAUCACUGUCCCUAGGAAGUCCUUCAAGAAAACGCCUAGUGCCCUUCUGGACAGCCUUGUGGAGAAACCUGAAAAAAGACAUGCUGUCCCCAAUCACCUGCUGGAAUCAAAGACUUAUUCAGAACUUCAGAGGAGUAAGGUUGUACAGGCUGAGCCUGCUGUGCUACACUAUGGAGGGUAUGAAGUUGGAAAACAUCACCAACAGACACUGAAGCUGAUAAACAUCUCUGCCAAUGUAAUAAACCUUCACAUAAUACCACCCCAGACAGAGUAUUUUCAGAUCAAGUACAACAAAACACAUCAGCUUGUCCCUGGUUUGUCAUAUGUGGUUACUGUUGAUUUUUAUCCUGACGAGUGGCGAUAUUACUACGACUGCAUCCGAAUUCACUGUGAGGGAGAUGAUACCUUAGCUGUUCCUGUACAUGCUUACCCUGCUGUGAAUGUUGUAGAAUUUCCAUCAUCUAUAAAUCUUUCUGGUGUACCAAUUGGUCAGAGUAAGCAGUAUGUUAUCCCGUUGCAGUGCAGCUGUCCCAUAGAUUUUGAAUUCCACAUUGAUUUUAUUCAGCUUCACAGAGCCUUCACUGUCCAGCCAACAUAUGGAAUCAUUCCAGGCAAUGGAAAAGUGGAAGUGACUGUAAAAUAUUCCCCACUUGAGUAUGGAACAGCACAAAUGACAAUGCAGUUAUGGAUUUUACAGUUUAAUUCCAAACCCCGUGUGUGUGUAUUCACAGGAACAUCAACACCACAUCUGGGGCUGAUGAAAGAACAUUUUGACACACAUCCAGAGAAAAAACCUGUGUCUGUGGGAAGAUCCAUAGUGUGGAGAAGAGACCAAUUCAGCCAAUCACGAUCCAAACCUAUUCAAAAAGUAAAGGAAAUUGAGUACCAGAACCUCAGAUUCCCCACAGACUUGUCAAAUCCGUAUGCUGUAGCUACUGUUUUGAAUCAGGAACCAGGAAAAUUGAGGAUUAAGGACUUGAAAGAAGUCCUUUCCCAAGCCAGAGAAGGGAUAAAAACCAGAGAGAUGAAGGAAGCCAUGUUUCAACUCAAAGUCAAAAAACUUAUUCGGGAAGAGGAAGCAAAUCAUCUAAAGUGGCAAGUUCAUAAGGGAAAAGAUCCAAUCUCUGUGGAAUUUAAAAACAAGAUCAUUGAAAGCCGACAAAGGGAAGAAGAGCAAUACAAGAUUCAAAGAGGAGGUGCUGUCAUAGAACAGGAGUUUCAAAGGAAUAGAGUAGAAGUUUCUUCCAGACGUGUUAUCCGGCGUGUGGAUCAGCAUCCAAAUGUCCAUCCCACGUUCGACUUGCUCCCUAUUGACCCUUGGGAUCACAGAAGCAGGAUGUUCAGGAAAUUCCAACAAGCAGCAUACAAGGUUUUGAAUCAGAUUCGGCUCAAUCGUUUAUUGCUUCUGUUCCGUGGACUGACCAGAGAGGCCAAAGGUCCAGAGGAAGGGUCUGUGCCUGAAAGCAGGAGAUUGACCAAACCAGAGAAGAGUGAAGAACAUAGGAACUUUGCUUCCAGCAUAUCUAAAGAUCGUGUAUUGCCUUUUGAAUUCCCCUUUUACAGUUCCCAGAAAUUACACCAUGAUUUGGCACCUGAUGCUCUUGGCCCAGUUCCUAUUGAACCUGUCGAUAUGAAAGUCACACACAUUCUUCCUUUUUAUGACUUCAAAGUUCCUCGGCAUUUCAAAGUAAUGAAGUAUCGGCCAAUUUGUACAGACUAUGCAGCCACAAGUUACAAAUCUCAAAAACUUUCCAGACCACUGAGGCAGAGGACUGAGGAUGAGUUGGUUCAAGUAGUUGCUUCUCCUGAGGAGCAACUUACCCUGGUCUCCCAGAGGACAGAUUUUCAAAAACCAUCCCCAGAAGAAGCAGCAGAAAAGGGUAUCAGUCUCUUAAAGCUGGUUCCUCCCCAAGCUUUAGUCUACCCAAAAGAGAGCAACCCACUACGCAUUUUUAACCCAACUCCAGGAUUAGUUCCAUUUUUACUUCCUUUGGCCUAUUCUGAAACAAGUAUGGAAUAUCAUCUUUGUCCUCAUCCAAAAUACACCUUUACCAAGGAAUGUCCCAAAGGAUCCAGUAUUCCAGUCACACAAAAGAAAUUUCUACAUCACAAGGAAGUAAUUUGUGGAGUAAUGGAAUGGAGAAACUUCUCACCACUGGUGUAUUCCUCUUUUCCUAAUGUUCCCACAUUGAUAAAUUCAGCACCUAGAGAUCCUUACAGUUUAGAUAUGCUUCCAAGAGAUGUACCACCAAUGCUGCAUGACUUACCUGAGAGAGACAAGGAGAACAUCAUUGACAAUGAAACAGAUGAAGCUGAGUUCACAAUGAUUCCUACUCCAGAGAUGAUAAGAGCUGAAUUUCCACAGAUUGAGCAGGCACUCUCAGAAGAAGGCAAAGAGAAAUCAGCAGUAAAAGGAAGAGACCUGAGCAACAGACCAGAUGGACAUUUUCAACACCAAAAUAAUGAGCUUGGAGAGAAGAUUCAGAAACAUAUAGAGACAAUGAAGCAGAAAGCACUUUAUAAAGCCCUUAUUCUGGGAUAA